GAGCGAGUUUAACCGCUGAUCCGAGAUCUGUGUUUGUAUUUCUCCUCUAGCGGUGAAUAUCAGAGUUUGUGUCGAUCAAGCAGAUCUGAGACAAACUCAUUGCAUCGUUCUAAAGAUGGCAGCCUCCGUCAGAUAUUUACUGAAACCUUGGACACCGAGUCUGUGUUUCGUGAGAUGGAGUCGCUAUAAUCCAUAUUAUCUGGAUCCCGAUCCCAGUAAAGAUGCUGUUCCAGAGUCAGAGCUCAGUCCAGAACAAAAAGAGCUGCAGGAACUGAAAACAGUGAGACCGAUUAAAGCAGCUCUGUCAAGCGACACCAGCUCUCCUUUCAACGACCCUUUGAUAAGCAAGUUCAUCAACAUGAUGAUGGAAGAUGGCAACAAAAUCCUUGCUAGAGGAAUCAUGACACAGACGCUGGAGACCAUAAAGAGAAGACAGGUGGAGAAAUACCACAAAUCUCCUGCAGCUAAGAGAGAAGAGGUCGAGUGUAAUCCAUACGCCAUCUUCCAUCAGGCCCUAGAGAACUGCAAACCCAUCAUCGGCCUGGCCAGUGUUCAGAAAGGAGGGAAAUUUUACCAGGUGCCCGUCCCUCUCACGGAUAAUCGGCGGCGUUUUCUGGCGAUGAAGUGGUUGAUCACAGAAUGCAGAGACAAUAAGCACCGUCGCACACACAUGUACGAGAAACUCUCGCAGGAGCUGCUGGCCGCCUUCGCUAACGAGGGAAAUGUAGUGAAACGCAAACACGACCUUCACAAGAUGGCCGAAGCCAACAGGGCAUAUGCACACUACCGCUGGUGGUAGAGAGAGGAGAUCUGGACUCUUUAUUCAGCCACAGAUGGGAUUUGUUUUGGACUGAUGGCAGUUUGGAUGAGCAUCACAGACAAAAAGGACAUGAGAAAAUCUGUCAUCUUGACUCAUAAAUACAGAUUGUCUUUGAAUUAAAGUAAAUAAAGCAAGCUAUAAAAGUCA